CUUCGUUUGGCACUCGGAGAACAUACGAUAAAGCUAUUCUUCUGAGCAGAUACUCGCAGCUGUGUUGCAGGUGUUGCAGGUCGUUGGAGAGGAUUUAGCGGUUCGGGAGCCCGACCAAGUCCGAGGCAGAACAACCGCGAAAAGCGCACACGUGGCGAGCGAUGACGUCUGUUGUGCGACUGUUGCGUGUUCACCAUGUCCGUGCUCACCACCAUCGCUCGCUCUGCUGUCCGUGCUGGCCGUCCUGUCGCGCGUAUUCCAACCGCGUCGCUCUCUCUCGCCGCCCGCGGCGUGCACACCCUUCCACAGCUCGACUAUCCGUAUAAUGCUCUCGAGCCGCACAUUUCGGGUCAGAUCAUGGAGCUUCACCACAAGAAGCACCAUCAGACCUACGUCAACGGCCUUAAUGCCGCCGAGGAGGCCUAUGCUAAGACCGACUCUCCCAAGGAGCGCAUCAAGCUCCAGUCUGCCCUCAAAUUCAACGGCGGCGGUCACAUCAACCACUCUCUCUUCUGGAAGAAUCUCGCCCCUCAGAGUCAGGGCGGUGGUGAGCUCCCUGCGGGAGCCCUCAAGGAGAAGAUUGAGGCUGACUUCGGGAGUGUCGAUGCGUUCAAGAAGAAAUUUAAUACUGUUACCGCCGCCAUUCAGGGCUCCGGCUGGGGCUGGCUCGGCUACAACCCCGAGACCAAGAAGCUCGAGAUCGUCACCACCCCCAACCAGGACCCUCUCCUCUCCCACGUCCCCAUCAUCGGCGUCGACAUUUGGGAGCACGCCUUCUACCUCCAGUACCACAACGUUAAGGCUGACUACUUGACUGCGAUAUGGAACGUCAUUAACUUCAAGGAGGCCGAGCGCCGUUUCCUUGAAGCGAGCAAGUAGGCUCGCGGGCGCCGGCUACACUCCGGAGCUGGUGGAAAAGCUUCGCCAAGGUAGACGACGGACUUGGCUGUACAGUACGAGUUUCUUUGUUAGAACAAGGCGCUAUCGGAUACUCGUUUC